CAGAAUUUUUAAAAGAUUAUGGAUGAUGUGGAUGAAUUUAUCCUGGGGCUAUUGAUUUUGGGGGCAGGUCUAAUUUUGAUGCAGCAGGAAUGUUCGAAAAGAUGGGUAAAUCGACAAUGGUGGGUGCGACCAAUCAACACCAUACGUUCUGAACAAGGAGAUUAUUUACAUUUACUUCAAGAAAUGAAGGAAGAUCCAAUGAUUUUUUUUCGGUAUACAAGAAUGACAUUGCCCGUUUUCAAUACGUUGUUGGAGAUGGUGAAACCAUACUUGACCAAAAGAAGUUGAAGAGCCUUGAAUCCAGAGAAUCGUCUUGCUAUAACCUUCAGAUAUCUUGCAACUGGAGAUCUACCACUAUCAAUUGCCUUAUCCUACCGCGUUCGAGAAUCAACGGUGUAUAAGGUGGUCAAAGAAACCUGUAAUGUUUUGAUAAACAUACUGUCACCUAUAUAUCUCCGAGUUCCAACGGAAGAAGACUGGAAAAAUAUAUGUUACGGUUUUUAGGAUGAUUGGAACUUCCCAAAUUGUGUGGGACCUGUAGAUGGCAAACAUGUUCAAAUUCAAGCACCGCCAAACUCUGGAAGCUUGUAUUAUAAUUAUAAGAAGACUUGCAGUAUUGUUUUGAUGGCAGCCUGUGAUCAUAAUUACAAAUUUACAUUGGUAGACGUUCGAGCUUAUGGAAGCAAUAAUGAUGCUGGUGUCUUUUCUCGGUCGAAAUUUGGACAAGCUUUGAUUGGUGGCCAACUGAAGUUAACUCAAGGUGUAGCAAAAUUGCCUGGUAUGGAUUUGAAGACACCAUAUUUCUUCGUUGGAGAUGAAACUUUCCAAUUGACAAAAAAUAUGAUGAGACCAUAUUCUGAUCGCAAUUUGCUCGAAGAUAAAGCAAUCUUCAACUAUCGACUCUCGCGAGCCAGGAGGACGACCGAAAAUGCGAUCGGGAUUCUUGCAUCACGAUGGAGAAUUUUCACUAAGCCUAUCGCCAUGUAUCCUGAUAGUGUGGACAAAAUAGUUAUGGCCUGUAUAUGUCUCCAUAAUUAUCUCAAAACUAUUGACGAUGUAUUGCCACCACGACACAGGAUAUACUGCCCAACUAAUUUCGUAGACUAUGAAUCAGAGAGCGGUGAGGUUAUUCCCGGAGAAUGGCGAAAGGAUGUCUUUAGAUGCAUUGAAAAAUAUCGACCAUCAGUCGCGCAUCGAGCAAGAACAGAAGCAUAUGACCAAAGGGAUUUGCUGAAAGACUACUUUUUGAGUCCUGUAGGAGAAGUUGAGUGGCAGUACAUGUAUGUGCGCAGAGGUUAUAAUAGUGAAGACGUUCCUGGAAAUUAAGUCUGGACUACGAAAUUAGAUUCGCAUGGUUUUGUCUCAUCCUGUUUAAAAAGAAACUUUUACAUACGAAAGAUUCUUGCAUCUGGGUCAUAUCUAUCCUUUUAUUGCAAUUCUUCAGUAUGCUGCGACUUGACUGUGUUCCACUUGUAAGAGAAGUCGAUCGUGAUCUUAAUGAGUCAUAUGUGUCUGAUGAAUCUUCAGAUUCAAUGGCAUUAAAGCAAUGUGUAGGCGAAGGCGAUUGAAAGGUGGUCGAACCUAAUAUAUGUGAGGAAACCUGCUCAGGAGUAGUAGAACUUGAAUCGUGUAACGUACAGGAAGGUAAAUUAGUGUCAUCAUUAAUUUGCAUCGAAGGGGUAUCAGCAUUUGAACAGGAUGCAAAGGACUCCAGAGAUUCAAUGUUUACAUCUUUUUCCAUAACAGUAUGUGCAUUCUUGGGAUGCUUAAAAUUCGACACGUUGGUAUAUGAUCUACAAAAAAUGAGCAAUUUAGGUCAGAUCAAAUGGGACAGUGUUAAGUAGUAGGUGGACAGUUGUAUCAACAUACAGUCUUCUUUUUAUGUGUUUCUCCAAAAACAACAUGGAUUCAUAUAAUGGAAACGCAGCUCGACGACUAGUUCCACUGCCACUUGUUGUGCCGUAACGUCUCGGUGACGAAGGAGUUCGAGAGGUAAGGGCCAAGGUAUUUUUGGGAUCGUUGCCGGUUAAGGAGUUGGAACUCGCGUGAAUAUAACAAAACUGAGAAGGUUUAUUGAAAUAAUCAAGUAUGUUGUACAGUAUUUCGACGUACGCCGACUUGGAAAAAUAUAGGUAACGUUUGGUCCUCCUAUUUCCUGUACCGAGUCUACUCCACGAGACCACCUUAUCCGUUUGGGUUUUAAAUGUAGACUGUCGAUUUUCGGAUGUGCAGCCAUAAGCUGGACUUCCGAAAAGUGAUUAUUGUGCGAUUUUUAGAUUUCCACAUCUUGGUUGCCAAGCCGCCUUUAGUUCUGACUUAGCGCAUUGCUACACGCGUGAACUACUUGGCCUGGCGUUUCUCAAUGGGGUCAGGAGACUCCCAGCACAACAUCCCUCCCCCCUUAAAGAAAAUCGCGCAAUUUCUACCCGGCGUUGGCCUCUGGUGGCCUCGAGUGAAGACUCGAUUCUGAUCAUUAUCCUAGUGAAGCACAGCUUCCAUGAUUAUUUUGGGUACAAUUCCCCUAAUCUAACCCUUAUUCUCUGACCUCACGGGUAUCGGGUAUACCUUGCUUACGCAGUACCUCUUCUGGCUUAUUAACGGAAAGUCAAGUAUGACGACGAUGGCGUUCCCUUGACUGAAGGCCUUCGUAUCAGCUAGUCUCAUUAGGGUAGAUGCUUCGUUGCGUUCAAUUAGCACCGGGAAUCCGGUUCCCGUUGGUAAGUGAGGUAGUGCAUCUGUGAGGUACUCUACGAGUUUUCUCGGUGGUAGCAUCGCCGCACUCACCUUGCCGCUCGCAAUUUCGACGAGUAGCCACACUAGUUCCUUUACGUCGUUUAACAGGGCCUCGACUAUCACGCUUAGAGCUGUGAGGCCCACGUCUAGCCAUUGUUCCUUCAUCAAGAUACUCAUGUCUACCGUCAACGUAAGGUUUACUUGGGCCACGAGUUCUUGCAGAGCCAGUUCGUUGGUCUGGACAUUGGUGAAGGUGUCAUUGAAGAGGUGCAGAGUGGACUCGGUCACUUGUAGUUGGUCCUUCAUACUCUCUUUCAGCGUUCGCUGGUUCGAGCGUAUGGCGGCGAUUUCUUGGUUGAUCCUUUCCGCGUCCGCGGCGUCCAUAUUUCCGGUAAUGGACUUUAUGAUUGAGCCUAGCUCGUCGAUCAAUCCCCUGCGCGUACGCGCUGCAUCUGGUUUCACGAGAUCAUGUACCGUUUCCAUUCCGGCUUCUAUUUUUUUCACCAUCCUUGUCACGGAAUCUACGACGGCUGGACAGAGAAGGUCACUUCCUCCUUGCCUGCCGCAUAUCUCUAAAAGCUGCUGCAAAUUAGAGCUGACGUCGGCUUCUCGUUUCAUAACGGCAGCGAGAUCUAUCUUUAUGGCUA